GGACAUGGCGGGCGUCAAAGCUCUCGUAGCGCUGUCCUUCAGCGGAGCCAUCGGGCUGACGUUCCUCAUGCUGGGCUGCGCCCUGGAGUACUACGGCGUAUACUGGCCUCUGUUUGUCUUAAUAUUUUACUUCAUCUGCCCCAUUCCCCACUUCAUUGCAAAAAGAGUAAGUGAUGACAGUGAUGCAGCCAGCAGUGCCUGCAGGGAACUGGCAUAUUUCUUCACAACCGGAAUUGUUGUUUCUGCUUUUGGAUUUCCUAUAAUCCUUGCACGGGUGGAAGCGAUCAAAUGGGGAGCCUGUGGUCUGGUGCUGGCUGGCAAUGCAGUCAUUUUCCUUACCAUUUUAGGCUUUUUUCUUGUGUUUGGUAGAGGAGAUGACUUUAGCUGGGAACAGUGGUAGGACAUCACUCUGAUGCUGGUAACAUUUUACAGCAUGUAUCACCAUAUGUAUACCCUGUGUGUGUAUAUGUGUAUAUAUUAUAACGUGUGUGUGUGCACGCUGAGAUGUAUGUAUGUGCAUAUGCAUCAGAUAAUAAUGUGCUUUUUUAAAAAUGCAUUUCAGCCAAAGGGAGAAGGCCUGUGUGACAGCUGUCUUAAUGUACUCAGUAAAAGCUGGAGUCACUGUUGCAAAUUUGUCCUUCAAAUAAGUUUACAAAACAUAAGCUGGUUUACUCAUUUUUUCACUAUAUAUG